CUGUUUCUGCGCGUUUGCUUCUGCUUUCCUCUUGGCUUUUCUUCUUGGAGAAGGAAAACUUUGGCUUUCUCACACUGCACAUGGUUGGGAGGUGUAGCUGCUUUUCUCUCCCCUUCCACUUCUCUCCCCUUCAUCCCAGGCGGACAAAUCAGUGAGCCUUGCCCUUGCAGAUCCAAGAAAACGGAGAGAACUUAUAUUCUCCUCGGGUUUGGAUAAAGAUUAGAUGGAGGUAGGCGAUAUCCGGUGUUGGGACCAGCUAAUCCCAGAUGUACUCGGUUUAAUCUUCAGCAAAUUAUCUCUUGAAGAGAAAUUAACUGUAAUUCCAACGAUUUGCAAAUCAUGGAGAAAAGCAGUGAUGGGGCCUUACUGUUGGCAAGAGAUAGACAUUGUGAAGUGGUGCUACCGCUAUCAGCCUGAUGAGCUGCUAGAUCGAAUGCUUCAAAUGCUGAUCGGAAUCGUUGGUUCCCCUCGGAAGCUCCGCGUCGUUCGUCUACCCAACGAUGCCAUAUUCUCCUUCAUAGCAGACCAUGCUGAUUCCCUUCAGACCUUGCAAAUUCCUAGAAGCCGAAUAAGUGAUUCAAUAGUGGAAGAAGUUGCAGGGAGAAUGUGUGCCAUCAGUUUCUUGGACCUGAGCUACUGUGAUAACAUCGGGGCCAGUGCUCUGGAAGCAUUUGGUAGGAACUGUAGAUUGCUUUUGGGCUUGAGAAGGAAUCUGUACUCAUCAGGUUGGGUCUGCCGUGACGAUGAAGCCCACGCCAUUGCAACCACAAUGCCCGAGCUCAAGCACCUUGAUAUGGCUUUCAUGAACAUCACAACUGAAGGGGUUCUUGAGAUUCUCUCCGGCUGUCAAAAACUUGUAUCCUUGGAUGUGAGUGGCUGCUCUGAUGUGGAACUUGAUGAUAAAUUCCUCAAUGAGAAAUGCUCCGGGCUAAAGGUGGGGCGUGGUUACUGUUCUGAUUUCGAUAUCCCGGAAAUUCCAAAAUUUUGUUUACACGGUGGAUAUCUUAUCGACGAGCAGAUAUAUUAUGUAUUGGACGAUGAGUACUUUCACAAUGAUCAGAUUUGUUAUAUGGCUCCCGAUGAAUGGUAUGAAGAUAUUAGUUAGAGCAAUGGGUACUCGUCCGAGGAACAGAUUGAAUUUGUUGAAGAACAAGGUUUUGACUUUUGAGUACUCACCCAACAAGAUACCUGAAGAACUGAUAGCUGAUAUUUGGAACUCAUAACUUAUCUUCUUGAUGGUGCAGAGUUUUGGUAUAACUCUUCUCCUUUAAGAAGCUUAGGAGUGUGUGAAUUGUGAUCUGAAUUAAAUGACUUCAGCUUUAAAUCUCUUUAAUGGUGUUGUUACUACCAUUUGGCUGCCAACCUUCGCGUAAGUAAUAGUUUGUAUGCAACUUUUCUUAGGCUUUGGCCUUGGGUGAUUCCUUUUAUGUAUGUUCUCUCCUCUCUCCAAUGUUUUUGAUUUAGGCAAAAAUAAAAUGGAACGGUGAAAUGGGAUGGUUUGGGUGA